AUGCCAAAAGACAAAGAACGCUCAGUGAACCCUGCGGCGGCGCAGCGGAAACUGGAGAAGCAAAAGAACCUCAAAAAGGCAAAGGCGGAGGCGCUCGCGCGUCGCAACGAGAAGCUCGCGCGGCGCAAUCCAGAGCGCAUCCAGAGACAGAUCGACGAGAUCAAAGCAGUGGAGGAAUCAGGACAAAAGCUACGGCCACGCGAUCAACAACUUCUGGAAGCUCUCGAGCGUGAUCUGCGCGCUGUGCAGAAGGCAAGGGAGGCGCUCGGUGAUAAGGCACCUACUUUCGGACGUUCGGAGUCCAGCCGCGGCCCGCAUGGCGGUCACAGAGAACACGGGGACGGAGUAUUAGGCAAGAGGAGACGAGACGACUACAGGCAGUUGGAGCGAGAGAGUGAUAGUAGUGAGACUGACGAGGAGGUGCGCCGGAUACCGAUGCCGCGGGAUACACCCCCGCCCAUCCCUAGACAAUUCCAGCGGAGAAGAGGCCCAGGUACAGAAAUGGAGCGUGAUGGAACACGAGGGCCGCAUCCUCUCCCUUCGAGACCACCUGUUGUGGAAGCCAAGACCGUCUACGAGGCGAAGCCGGAAAUUAGAGACUUGCGGCAAGAAGCUAUCAGCAAGUUUGUUCCGGCGGCCGUCAGAGUCAAGCAGGAGUCCAUCAGGGGCCGAGGCAAGCUACUGGAGCCGGAAGAGAUGGAUAGGCUUGAGAAGGCCGGUUACAAUGCCGGCCCUACUGAGAAGCGCGAAUUUGAUUCAAGUGACUCCGCCGCCGGGGCAAUGGAAAUUGAUCAAAGUUUGUUAGAUGAGGAGGAGCGAUUCAAUCGCGAAUUGAGGACUGUACAAAUUGAGGAGGUCGAAGACGAGGAGGCGUGA